UGUUUAAUACUGAUGAUGUUUAUGUUUGAUAGAUGUUUAUGGACAGACUAGAAGAAACAUUGUCACUGCUUACACAUAAGUCAUCAGGGUUUCAUUGUUAUGUAACAAUAGUACUGUAUGUUAUACAUAUUGUUAGAAUUUCACGAUAAAUCCAUAUUGUGAUCAGACCUUGAUGAAAAAAAACAUUACACUUCGUAUUAUGCGUCCGUGUUUUGUAUUCCUGAUGAUACACAGAGAGAAUUAAUUUAUAGUGCAGCUCGUAAUAAUGUUGAGAUUUUUGCUGUAGGUGUCUUAAAAAGCUCUGCAUCUCCUGGUGAGACACAUGCUUGCCACCCAAAAAUGAUAACUGGCCCCUCCCUGGCCACCCCACUGAAAAUGUCCUGGCUCCGCCAACUGUCAAAUAAGGCAAUGCAACCACGUUCCCCUCCAAAAUCAAAGUCUGUACAGAUUACUUGUACUAUGUCAAAAUAGUAGAAAAUUUAAACGGCGUAUGGUCUGCAUGAAUUAAAAGUAGCCACGCCUAUAGCCAUAAGUAUACCCGCCAUACAAGUACAGUACAAGUAAUUGUGUUGAGUUAGGAAAAAAAGUAAAUUCCAGUACAAGUUUAUUUUGAAGGCUGAGACCAAACCGGUAGUCGAUUGUCUUCAUCCGGGAGGCUUGUUUUCAGCGGAUCGCUGUGUCGUUCACGGUAACGGUAUUUCGGUGGGAGCCAUAGGGUGGGAGCAGACUAUAGUUCUCCUCAGACGCUGAUGACGAACAGCUGUGUUCACAGCAGCACCCUGAGGCGGAGAAACUUGUUCUGCCAGUCGCGUUAUUUGAUGCUAACAAGGAAGCUAGCUACGGUCUGGCAGGCAACCAAUAGCUAACGUCGCCGAGGGUUUGAGGAGCGGGCGGAUUGUUUCGGGAGACACUCGUUGAGCUGAAGUAUCGGGCCAAUAUAACCCGUUACACUUGUAGCUAGCCAGUGCUAACUGCUGUUUGAACAUUUCUGUAAUGUUGAGUUAUUAACAGCUUCGAAUGUUGCCAGGUCAAACCAAGGACAUGUAAAGACACACUUGACUACAAAGGCUGUAAUGUCAUUAAGGUCAUUGUGAGUAAUGUAAAGGUGGGGAGGGGGUCAACCCUUCUGUCAGUGGAACUGCUCACACACCCUCAGGUGUGUCCGUGGCCUGAAACCUUUUGAACAAGUAUAACUCCUCACAGCUGCACUGGCAGUACAUGCAUGCUGUGCAGCAGACGGACACAAGAAGGGUUCUACACAACUCCAAGGGGCUCCGUGAGAGACGAUGACCGCGGUGUUGGGCAGAGCUCUGGGGUGGGUGUGCUCAUGGGGCAGAAGUGCAGCGUCAGAGAAUACCACAGUGGUUACCGCCGAGGGCCAAGGGCCUGGCCACAGGGGGUGGACGUCUUGGUUCUGGGGAGGGUGGAGACGCCACAGUGACCAAAGCACUCCAGUAGAGGAGUACUGGGAGGCGCAGGAGAGGGUUCAGCCUUUGGAAAUUGAAGAUCUUUGCACAGGGAAGCGGGAGACUGUGGUAGAUUCCGAACAAGUACCUAGAUGGUGGAAUAAAUAUCUCCCAACUUCUUACAUUUUGUGGCCAAGAAAGACAGUACCAAGCACACUGAGACGAAGGAAACACGAUGCGUUAGACCAUGCUGUUGAUGGGGACUCCUCUGACUACAGAACACCACCUCCAUCUCCCACACCUCCUUCCUCUCAGCUCAUGUCUCCUUUUCGGCUCUUUGCUCACAGCUGGAAGGUGGAAAUCCUCCCAGAGCACCAUGACAUCUGUUUCAACUUCAUCCGCCACUUGUUUGACCUGUUUGUCGUUGGCUUCCUGUGGACUGUGUCCCCCCCUGCCAAGCUGAUCCUGGAGGUGCUGGGGGUCCAGGGAGCACUGAGGCUGUGGCUUCAUGGUAUGGCCAUGUUUUUUGUCUCCACAGUUGGAAUGGCAGGGUUACUCUGGUUGAUCCAGGAGUAUCUCCCCCAGUUUGCCUUGAUAUACGGCAUCAUACAGGCAGUGGUGAUCUCUGUCAGUGUGCGACAGAGUGUGAUAAUAGGCUUGGACGAAGACAAGGAGGAAAAGGACGAGUUGGAAAAAGAGACUGAUGACAUGACAGAUGUUAGGAAACAUAAAGAAGACAAGGUGAAGACAAGUUAAUCUUACGGCGCUGAGAAGACACACCAUCAGCUUUGUCCGACUUCGUCCAGGGGUGGGACCUCACAGCACUGGGAUCUCGCAGCAGUGGGACCUCACCACUUUUUUCUGCAGUGUGACCCAAUGACUUUAUUGCACAUUAUUUAGAGACUCAGAUGUUGUACGCAUGGUCACUUUAUAUUCAACACUAUCGAUCUGCAUUUUCUUCUGCAGUGACCCAAUGACUUUAUUGCACAUUAUUUUAGAGUCUCAGAUGUUGUACGUAUGGUCACUUUAUAUUCAACACUCGAUCUGCAUUUUCUACAUGCCUGUCAUCGUGAUAUUAAUGUCAUCCCCAUAAUGUUGACAAUACAAAUAUUAUUAACUUUACAAGUACACUACCACUAUACUGGAAGUCAGAAAUAAUUGGGCCUAUGAAAAUUCAGGAAAUUAAUGUUACAUUAAAAUAAGGGACUCCUAGUACUCAGAAAGUUGGACAUCAUGCUGUGCUGUGGGGAUCAUGUUGUGAUGACAGUAGCCUGGUUCUGGACCUUUGGUGCAAACAACCAAACAGCCUUUGUGAGGAUACUUGUUUGGAUUCAACACCAGGAAGAAAGAGGUGCAAACCCAUAGAAACUACCCUAUUGAUAGAAACACAACAAACAUUUUAAAGGACUGAAAGAAACCUAUUUGAGGACAGAGGAGUCUUGUAGGCUCAAUGGUUAAGGCAACCCUUAGUACCACCAGAGUAUCACAGUGCCCCUGAAGGUCCGAUCAGCGAACUGCUCUCGCAGACUGGGACCCGAAGUCCUCUCUGUUUACUCUGCUGUUCACUUCCUGUGGAGGAAAUGCCCUCUGCAGUCAACAGAGGUUCUGUUCAGUUGUUCCAUUAAACCCUCAGUCUGUAGUGAUCAUCAGUUCUGAGAAUUUGGAUUUGUCUUUCCCCACUGCCUUUAGUCAUUUAGGGAACAGGCAUGUUACCCAGUGUGACGUAUUAAAACAUGCAUUGUCCAUCAUCCUCUGUUCUCUGUAGGAAAAUGCAAAGCAGUCUAACUAUGUUUCAUCACUUAGUUUUGAACUAUGGUACAUGACUGGACUGCAAACUGUAGAAACCCUUUCAUGUUCACGGUGAGCACAUCACAUUCCUCUUCAGGUCUGAUGUGAAGUACUAACCUCCACUACUUAUCUGCAGCUCCGGACAUCUCUCUGUCUCACACACACACACACACACACACACACACACAGCCAAUUAUACUGAAUUGAAUCCAUGGGAUCUUCUUUACUCAGCAUUGACCUCAAAAUUUGAGUCUUCUAAACAAAAUGUGUAUCUGGAGACAAGUGUAAUUUAAUGAGAUGUGGUUGGAUAUUGAGGUUUGUUAAUUCCCUGGUGUCAAAUUAUAUUGUAUAUCUAUAUUUAGUUUCUAUCACUACAUGGAUCACAUCACAUUGAGAUGUCUCUAAUAAACUUUUUAGGAGCAGUGUACCAGCAGCACACAUUCAUGUGUUCUCUGUAUACACGUGUAUUUUGCCUUAUGUCAUUUUCUUAUGCAAUGAUAUUGUGUGGAAUAUUGCUGGGAAUGGAACUUAUUCCACAGGUAUGUAUUGUAAUGGUUUUUUAUUUCUUUUUCAUGCUUUUCAUUUAAAGGCACAUAUAUGUGGAGACUAUCAGUCUAAUGUAGUUUUACUGCACAGUGGCAUGUGCCACUCGGAGAAAAGAAUUGUGGGUUCUAAGAGUGCUUACAGUCUGUGGCUGGCAAUAUUGGAAUAAAAUUAUUUUACACGAUUGCACAUUUGUGAGCACGGUAUAUGACAAAACUAAAAUACAAAUCCAUUCAGUUAAAAUCAAAAUGAAAAUCAAGUGAACCUUGAUGUGUAACCUAAAAGUGAAAAUGUAACAGCAAAUAUAACUUGAAUUUUGAACUAAAAGGAAUAGUCUUUUGACAAAAUAUAAUAGACAACUAUUGACAAUAAACAAAGUUUGUUUUUCAACAUUUUCUAGAUGCAGCUUCUCAGUUUCUUUAUCUUAUGUGAUAGUAAAUUGAAAAUUCUCUUUUUUUACCUUUAAUUUUAUAGAAUGUUAUUAAUGUUACCAUUAAAAAUAGAAUGCUGAGAGUCUUAAAUUUAUAGAUUACUUUUAAGACGCCAGUGAGCAAUCUGCCGCUUGGAUUGGGUAGAGUCCAAAUUCCAGUUUCAUCUUUCAAAUAUAGUUUGCACAUUGUCUUCAUCAUCGUGACAGCAGUGUCAUUCUGAAAAUAACCCCACUGUAGUUUUCUGUCAUACAUGCACACAAAUUGCAAGGUUUUUGUUUUAAUAUUAGCAGCUGCAGACGAUCUUAGAAAGAAUGUGUACCUUUAUUAUGCUUUUUUGUAUUGCACCAAAUUUCUAUUCAUCAUUUGAACAUAAAAUGUCACAGUGUCUUUUACGCUUUGUUACCUUUUAUUAAUUGUUUGCUUAUAGAGAGUUCAAGGUGUUUUCUAUGAGGGGCCAGCACACUCGACAAGAUCAGGAUAACAAGCUACAUGAACUGUCCUGCUUCUGAAAUAAAGAGGAAGGACCUCACCAGCCCACAGUGUAAUCUCAACUCACGAACACUCCCACUGGCUAAAUAAAAUUGACGCUCUUUUAUUA